AUGGCAAAAACGCAAAUAUGGCAGGAAAGGAAAUAUGGCAAAAAAGCAAAAAUGGCAAAAAAGCAAAUAUGGCAAAAUAGCAAAUAUGGCAAAAAAGCAAAUAUGGCAAAAAAACAAAUAUGGCAAAAAAACAAAUAUGGCAAAAACGCAAAUAUGGCAAAAACGCAAAUAUGGCAAAACGCAAAUAUGGCAAAAACGCAAAUAUGGCAAAAACGCAAGUAUGGGAUAAACGCAAAUAUGGCAAAAACGCACAUAUGGGAAGAACGCAAAUAUGGGAAGAACGCAAAUAUGGGAAGAACGCAAAUAUGGGAAGAACGCAAAUAUGGGAAGAACGCAAAUAUGGGAAGAACGCACAUAUGGGAGGAACGCAAAUAUGGGAAAAACGCAACUAUGGGAAAAAGGCAACUAUGGGAAAAACGCUACUAUGGGAAAAACGCUAAUAUGAGAAAAACGCAAUUAUGGGAAAAACGAAAAACGCAAAUAUGGGAAAAACGCAAAUAUGGGAAAAGCGCAAAUAUAAGAAAAACGCAAAUAUGGGAAAAACGCAAAUGUGGCAAAGACGGAAAUUUGGCAAAGACUCAAAUGUGGCAAAGACGCCAAUUUGGGAAAAGAGCAAAUAUGGGAAAAACGCAAAUAUGGGGAAAAUGCAAAUACGGGGAAAACGCAAAUAUGGGGAAAACGCAAAUAUGGGGAAAACGCAAAUAUGGGGAAAACCAAAUAUGGGGAAAACGCAUAUAUGGGGAAAACCCAAAUAUGGGGAAAACGCAAACAUGGGAAAAACGCAAAUAUGGGAAGAACGCAAAUAUGGGAAAAACGCAAAUAUGGGAAAAACGCAAAUAUGGGAAAAACGCAAAUGUGGCAAAGACACAAAUGUGGCAAAGACGCAAAUGUGGCAAAGACGCAAAUGUGGCAAAGACGCAAAUGUGGCAAAGAAGCAAAUAUGGCAAAGAAGCAAAUAUGGGAAAGACGCAAAUUUGGGAAAGACGCAACUAUGGGAAAGACGGAAAUAUGGGAAAAUCGCAAAUAUGGGAAAAACGCAAAUAUGGGAGAAGAUAA